CACCCUUUUCACGUUUACUAUUGGUUGAAGGACUUCCGUGUUUUCUCCACACAAAAUGGCAUCAUAUCCAUGGAACAGGAUAAAUAUUACCAUUCCCAGUGCUGUUUCCAGUGUUUACGUAGAUUUUACUUCUAAAACAGACACCACUGUGAAAAAACUCAUGGUGGAGAACGACAACGUCCUCAAUGUACUUCGAAGUAAGUUUCUUCAGACGGAAGUGCGAGUUCUGUACAGUUUGCUCUACAAUUUCAACAACAGCGCAAGAGGCAACAAAACCUUUCGGGUCCUAAAGCAGGUUGAACAGUGCAUUAACAGACUGAAGGAGAUGAAGUUGAUCACCGCUCUGCAGAGUCUGACCGAUUUGUGCCCCAAUAGGAUCCAAAGGCAGCUGAGCAUGAAGGCCGGUAAAGCCGAUCUUCCCAGUCAACCCAUGCUGGAGUGGGAAUGUCUCAAAGUGCUGGGGGCUGCGCAACUGAUGUGCUGCAGUAUGAAACGUUGUAGCAGAGCUUUUGUCUUAUCCAAGCAGCACAUGAAAUAUGAGUUCAUCAUCAUGAAUUUGGUGAUAACAAGCAUGCUCAGCCGCCUCUGGGUUAUUUUCAGAGGGAUCCUGGCCAGCUUGACCUCUCUGUACCAGCAACUCUUGGAGCUCCGGGCGGAAGUAGCCCUCGCUCACCCCAUGCCCUUCCUCACCGAUUUCCACCUGCCCGCAAACAUGGCUGACUUCCUCGGCCCUUGUGAUGUGGCUUUACUCGUUGUGAAACCCAAAUCUGAAUUCCACGUCACGGGUCAGAAGGCAGACAAGGAGCGACGGAUGGCUCCAGGACAAGCAAAGCACCGGGGACACCUGAAGAAGGUUCCACAAGACCUGGGUGUUGUAGUGGAAAGAGGGUUGAUGUUUGAUACUAACGUAAAUUCUAUUCAAAGCAUCUCCAGGAUUGAUGCAAAGAUUGCAAACCUCCCAGAGAAACAACACCAGGCUGAGAGGAAACAGAUGUUUCAGAGCCGCAUGAGGAAAGCCGCCACGUUCAAAGACGCGGCAUCCAAUCUAGAAGAAAUGAUCCUGUGGUGCGAAUCCCACAAAUUGAAUAAAACUAAGCGCCUUUUAACCUUCCUGAGAUUAAAGUGCUGGCAGAUGAAAGGAGCUGAGGCUGCAGGUUACAAUGUGCAGAAGAAGUUGCAGACGUUCCAAGAAGAAGUUCGCCGGGCUUUUUGCAGUGUUCAAGGCCCAGUUCCAAAGACCUGCCACUCGAGACGUGGUCGCCUGACAACCAGACUGUGGUCACUCAAGAGGCAGUUCAGAUCAUCCAAAAUGAGAAAUAAUGCAAUAAAUAGACUCAAACCAAAGAAGCCCGUGUCGUCUGCAGGCCAGACGGAGGAUUGGAUAAGCAGAACUGUAGGCAAGAGAACUGCUUUGUUUAACCGUGCCAGGCUAGAUGAGAUCGAUGAUAUUUUUGCCUUGGGGGGUUUGUAACAGUUUUUAAAAUCCACUGCAGCAUUCAUCGAUCCUUAUGCCAUUUAGCCUUUGGAUGCUCACAAAUGGGCGAAGUGGGACACACCCUGGACUGAUGAGCACAGGGCUGAACCUGUGAGGUGAAUCUUUUACACGCCCGAGUCAUUUUUAGUCUUCAGUGAACUGAUUGUCUGAAGUUGCCAAUGACUGAAUUCCACAUGAUAAGAUUGUGAAAUGGGAAUGGAAAGAAAAAAACCUGUGCAAAUGCUUAUAUACAGAUUUUUUUGAAAAGCCAAGUAAAUUUUUAUGAUUUCCGUGCAUUAUAAUAAGGAAACUUGGUGAUGAAAUCCUGCCUCUGUGAGUGAAAAUGCAACCCAUGCUGUUUUUGCUCGUCAUCAUUCUAUAGGGCUGAAAUACUCGUAAUUUGCUCACUGGCAUGAGACAAUGCCACCCUCUUCAAACAGGCACAUUUUAGCUAACGGAUUGCUUCAAAUAGUAAAAAGAAAAUAGAUUUUUUAAAGAAUCUGGGAAGUGACUGAUAAUUGGUGCGUGUAAUAAAUCAGAAUCAGAACCAGUUUUAUUGGCCAAGUGUGUAAAAACAAGGAAUUUUUCUCCGUCAGUCAGUGCUGCCCUAAUACGACAUACAGAGCAAAGAACGAGACGUUUCUAUUUAUUGGAACUAUUCUUGAUAAACGUCACGAAAGAUGUAAAAUCUUCAUUUAGAGCACGUAAGCGAGGAGUGUGUCAACGUCCCACAUUGUGUAAAGCUUGUACAGAGUCCUUUUACCCGUUUGCGGUUCUCAUUAUAGACAAGUGCAAUGGCACAAGGCAGAAAAUGUAAAUUUGCUGAUUAAGAAUGUAGUGACUUAAUUGCCAGAGGGGGAAAAAACAGUUCCAAUGCCUGGUAGUAUCGAUGGAAGGAGCUGGAAGAGCUGGUGGCCAGGAUGUGGAGGAUCCGAAAGGAUCCUGCCUGCUCUGGACCUAGUUCGUGUUGCGUGCAAGUCUUCAAAAGUGGGUAGAGUGUUGCUGACAAUCUGUUCGGCAGUUUUUGAUUGUCCGUUGCAGUCUGACUUUGUCCUUUUUGUGGCGGCCCCAAACCAGACUGUGGUGGAGGUACACAGUACUGAUUGGAUGACCGCUAUGUAGCACCGACUCAGCAGCUCUUGUGACGGGCCGAUGCUUCCUCAGAAACCGCAGGAAGUACAUCCUUUGGUGGGCUUUUUUGAGGAUGGAGUUGGUGUCUGUCUCCCACUCCAGGUCCUUUGAGACUGAAGAACUUGAAGGUCUCGACAGUUGGCACAAGACUGUUGGGCAGCGUCAGGGGCAGCAUCCAACAGAACUUUGUAUUGCUAAACCAACAUUUGUUCAUGUAGUCGUCACAUAACUUGAAUUUGUCGUUGGUUGGGAUAUAUACUUAUCUAAUAAAGUCCUACGUAUAGUGAAUAUUUGUAUGGGAACUUGCAUGUCAUAAAUAUUAAACAAUCAUUGAAAAAAAAACAGGAAGUACAACGUUAACCAAGUGUGCCUUCCUGUGCUGGGUAUGAGGUAUCUAUAGCCUGUUGUAUGUUGAGAUCAUAAACCGAGGAUUUCCCAUUUAUUUUCAAAUGUUUCAUAAGUUCGCGCUCAAUUGUAUGUAUGCUGGAUAUAUACAAAAAUCCACACACCCCUGUUCAAAUGCCAGGUUCUGUGAUAAAACAAGACAAGACCAAAAUAAUUUCAAAGCUUUUUUUCCCCCCUUCUAACUGCUAUUUCAAACUGUUCAUAAUUCCCUCCCCUAUGAUUUAGGCCCCAGUUCUAUGCGAAGAAACCCACCCGCAAAGCAAAGUUCUUCCACCACCAUGCAUUAUCCUAAGUAUGAUGUCCUAUGUUGCGGCGUAGUGUCAUCUUUGUGCCAAACAAAAAUGUUCAAACUUGGUUUCGUAACACAUUAGCUGUAUUUCUUCGGCUGUAGCUGAGGCCCGAGACAAGUUGGAGGGAAUUAUAAACAGUUCAAGAUGUUAAGAAGAACCUUCCAGAACAUCUGAAAAUUGUUUUGUCAGUUACUUUAAAUAGUGGCAAGAGUGUGUGCUGACUCCUAUUUAGCGUGAGCUUGACUAUGGUCAGUUACUUCUGCAACCACGUUUUCAUUUCCUUGUAAAAAUGUUUCUUUUUUUAUUUAUUUUAUUUGUUCAAGUCGUAAGUCCCAUUGAGGGAAAAGCUUUGGAAAUUAUAAAUCAUGGUCUCCUUUAUUCAUAUUUGUAAAUUAUGGAAUCGCUGCUCUUGUGUGAUUUGGGAAGGGGAAGAAAGGCAAAUGCACCAAACAUUUUUUAUUCAAAUUACCACUCUUGUGGCUUUAAUACCCAUGUUGAAAAAAACAAUAAAAAUUGUAGUCACUUUAAAAAAAAAAAAAAUAAGUAGAACAAAAUAAUGGAAUCCCUCAGUUCUUACAAAACAAAAUUAUGUAAAUAAAAUUCCACCAUGUGUACUUUGUUGC